UUUUUCUUCUGACUUGCAUAUAAAUAAUAGGAUUGACCCUCAACAGAGAGCCCCGAGACAGAAGUAGAAUUAUACACAUAUUCCAGAAUCCAGGAGAACCACCUUCCCCUGUGUACGCAAAAAUUCUUCCUAUCUUCCCAGCUGCAUCAAUUGAUCCCAGAUACUUUGACCUACGGGAGAAAAGUUCACUGGUUGGACUGGCAACAAUACCCAAGAUGGAAGACAAAUCUUAUGUCGUUGAUGAAGGCAUAGAAAAGUUGGAGAAGGAACAAGUUCAGCUGAAGGUUGAUAGCAAGAUUAAAACAUCUGACAAAGCCGAAGAGAAGACAGACGGAGAAGUGGUAUGUAAGUCCAAAUCAUUGGAAAAAGAUGGAAAGGAGCUGAAGAAGAAAGGAGACGAUGAAAAUGAUAAGGAAUCCACCAAGAAGGACAAGAAGAAGAAAGAAAAGAAGAGUGAUGACGAAGGGGAGAAGAAGAAAAAGAAGGAGAAGAAACACAAGGAUGGCACUGAUGAGGAGUCUGGUGAGCAUGAUGAAGCAAAUAAGGGAAAAGACAAGGAGAAGAAAGAGAAGAAGGAUAGGAAGGAUAAGGGAAAAGAGAAGAAGGAGAAGAAGGCUGAGAAAGAUGAAAAUGUCGAGUCAGAGGAAGAACCAAAAGACAAAAAGGAUAAGGAAAAAGAGGAGGAGAAGAAGAACAAGAAGGCUGACAAAGAUGAAGAUGUCGAAUCGGAGGAAGAGAAGAUAGGAAAAAAAGACAAGAAGGACAAGGAAAAAGAGAAGAAGAAAAAAGACAAAAACAUUGACACAGAGGAUGUAGGGAAAGAGAAAAAAGACAAGAAGGGCAAGGAAAAGGAAGAGAAGAAGAAGAAGGGUAAGAAAGAUGAAGAUGUUGAAACUCAGGAAGAAGAUAAAGAGAAUGAGCAGGGUGAGGUGAACAAGGUUGAACUAAGAGAUUUGGAAGACAAAAAUGAUAAAACACAGGAGGAAAAGCGGGGAGUGGAAGGGGAAAAGAAGAAAAAGAAGCAGAAAAAUGAGGAGGAAGAAUCAGAUCAUGAAACUAAGGAAGGGAAAGAUGAGAAGAAAGGCAAAAAGAAAAAAGAGAAGCAUAAGGAAGCUGAAUCCAAGAAGGAUUCAGAUGAAGAAAAAGAUGAGGGAAAGAAAGACAAAAAAGAUAAGAAGAAAAAGCACGAGAAAGACAAGAAGGAUAAACAAGGAAAGGAAGAAGGCGAGGAAGGAGGUUUGAAGGAGGAAACAGAUGGUGACGACGAUGGGGUUAAAGAAAAGAAAGAAAAGAAGAAGAACAAGAUUGAGACUUGUAAGAGUAGGUCUGAUGAUGAAGUCACCGCAAGGGAGAUUAAGAUAGAUGAAAAUUGCAGCGAUGCAGUAGAAGGGAAACACCAAAAAGAAGCAAAUGGAGGUAAGGAUUAUAAGGAUAAAGACAAGAAAAAGGGAAAGGAUGAGAAGAAAAGAAAAUUUGAAGAGAAGCAUAAAAGUAAAGGUCUCGACAAAUUGAAAAAGAAAUUAGAUAAGGUCAACUCCGAAAUUGAGAGUCUUCUGAAGAAAAAGGCAGACAUCUUGAAGAUGAUCAAAGAAACAGAGGAUAAGAAUCAGGCUGUUGUUGAGGUUUCCAAAACUGUGGAGAAAGCAGAAGAGUAAACAGUGGCUGCUACUCAGUUUGCUUAGAAUCGAGUGGCACUACAUGCUUUACCUUUGCAAUAGCAGAUUGUCCACGUUACUGGUAGACAACUCAAUGUACAUGUAUGGUGUGCUCAUGUACCUACAAUUUUCACUUUUUUUUUUCCUAAGAGUCCUUUGUGUGUACAAUGAAUAAGAAGAAAUUUUCAGCCUAGCGAUCUUCAUGUCCCAUUGGUGGCUUCUCUUGUUUUGCACUGCUUUAUGGAGAACGGGCACGCUUGAACUUUAUAAGAAGUUAUUUAUAUUUUCUGU